AUGAGUUUGCCGGGAAAGAAGGCCGCGGCCGGGGCUGGGGGAAUCCGGCGGUGGCUCUCCACCGCCGUGCUGCUGGCGCUGGCGCUGGUGCUGAUCCUGGUGGUGAUUUCGCUGUCGGUGGGCUCGCCCCUGCCCGGGGCGUCGCUCCCUGAAUACCCAGCUGUCAGAGCUAGUCACCCAAAGGGGAACGCUACCGCCGAUGAUGGGAGCAAGAAUGAUAUUGCCACUGGUGUUCCAUUACCAGGGAAAGAGUUGCAGGGUGGCCAGGAGCCCUUGGUUGAGCACAGCGCCCAAAAUGCUACUCUCAACUCAAGCGAGGGGUCUCUGAAUACAAGAGAGGUUGAUGACACAGUACCGGAUCCAGUUUCUGUUGACAGCAAAAUACAGGAUCCAGUAGUAGCUAUGGAUGAUACCACGCCAAAACUCAAUGAUUCUCAAAGGCCUGAUCAAGGUACCUGUGAUCUUUAUCAUGGGGAGUGGGUUUUCGAUUCAUCUGGGGCGUUGUACACAAACAACUCUUGCCCUGUCAUCACACGGAUGCAGAAUUGCCAGGGAAAUGGGCGACCGGACAAGGACUAUGAGAGUUGGAGAUGGAAACCUCAACAGUGCACCCUCCCACGCUUUGAUGGAAUUAAGUUCUUGGAGUUAAUGAGAGGCAAGACUCUUGCCUUUGUUGGGGACUCGGUUGCUCGAAAUCACAUGGAAUCUCUCCUUUGCAUUCUGUGGCAGGUAGAAGCCCCAGUAGACCGUGGCAGCCGCAGGAUGAACAGGUGGAUCUUCAGGUCAACCAAAACAACUAUUAUCCGCAUCUGGUCUGCUUGGUUAGUGCACAGAUCAAUUGAAGCUGUGGGGUUUGCUCCUGAGGGUCUUGAUAAGGUUUUCCUGGAUGUAGCAGAUGAGACGUUCAUGCAAUUUAUCGCUUCUUUUGAUGUACUUGUCCUGUCAUCUGGACACUGGUUCGCCAAACGGUCAGCCUAUAUCCAGAAUGGCAAUGUUGUUGGAGGGCAGCUCUGGUGGCCUCAACAAGCUGGAAAGAUGCAGAUAAACAACGUUGGCGCAUUUGGUGUGUCAGUUGAGACUUGCCUGACUGCUUUGGCGACCCACCCAAAUUUCACAGGGAUAGCUGUUCUGCGCACAUACUCUCCAGAUCAUUAUGAAGGCGGGGCAUGGAACACUGGUGGGUCAUGCACCGGGAAGGUUAAGCCCUUGGAUGCGGUGGUGAGGAACGGAUACACGGAUGCAAUGUAUGAGAAACAAGUUGCAGGCUUCAGAAAGGCAGUGCAGAAUUCUGGGAAACAUAGCUCCAAGUUGAAAUUGAUGGACAUCACUGAGCCCUUUGCGUUGAGAGCUGACGGGCAUCCUGGUCCAUACAGAAGUCCCGACCCAAACAAGAAGACUCAAAGAGGACCAGAUGGGAAGCCUCCACCCCAGGAUUGUCUGCAUUGGUGCAUGCCAGGACCUAUAGAUACAUGGAACGAGAUGCUGUUUGAGACCAUACGAAGAGAACUAGAGGGAGACAGCAGCAGGUGA